CCCCCCGUCCCUCUUAAGACCCGCUCACAUAGCUCACAUCUGCUAUACACACACACGCGCAAACACACACACACACACACACACGCACGCACGCCCGCGUCACCUCGCUCGCACCACUCAGCUCGCUCACGUCGCCGAGCCCACCAAAUCGUCGCCCACGAUGGACGCGCUGAUGAGGCGGUACCCCGCCGGCUACGUUGAGAUCAUGGGGAGCGUGUCGGUGCAGCUGGUGUACAUAGUCUUCGGGCUUGUCCUCGAGCAGUUGCGGCCGUCGUACGCCAGCGAGACGACGUGGACGAUGCUGGCGCAGAGCCUCCGGAAUCACGUCGUGGCAACCCUGACCCACGUCGCCUUCGUCGUCGCCAUGGGCGGCCGGUCGAUGCUGACUCGGACCUUCAUCCCGCCGUACAGCCUGCCGUCCGCCGCCGAGGUCGUGCGGGACCUCGCCGUCGGCCUCCUCCUGCGCGACGCCGUCUUCUACGCCAUCCACCGCCUGUGGCACGCCCCCGGCGUCUACCAGCGCGUCCACGCCAAGCACCACGAGAUCCGCCACCCCGGCCGCCACCACGUGCUGACCAUCAGCUACAUGUCCGUCGCCGACUUCAUGUUCCUCUACGGCUUCCCCGUCGUCGGCAUCGCCAAGCUGCUCGAGAUGAACCUCGCCACCACCCUCGCCUUCUCCUUCGUCUCCGCCGUCGGCGAGCAGGUCAAGCUCCUGUGGGGCGACGACGCCCACGACGACCACCACCUGCGCCUCGCCCCCAACUACGGCGUCUACGGCCUCAUGGACGCCCUCUGCGGCACCACGGGCCCAGUCGCGAGGCUCGUGCGGAAGAGCCGCAAGGAAUAACUUUAGCAACAGGGACGACCCGUCCAGGCGGGUUCCGGAGUUCGUGCGCGUGCAGACGAGCGAGCUCUUCUGGCCUGACAGGGACCUGAAGAAACAGCAUUGAGGCGGCCACGCAGAACCGGCGCCAUGACUCUAUGGAUUGUGUUCAAAGCACGGGGUGUUUAUGGGAAACGCCCAAGGAACGGAGAGGCCAAGGGGAAGCAGCGGUACAUACAUACACACGAUCGGGCCAUUAUAAUAGUGCCCACCAUACAUCUUCUAAUUUCUUAUAUAUGGCCCAGCCUGACUGUCGGGGGCGCGGAAUCAUUACAAUACAUCUAUUUUCGACCAA